ACGAACUUAAAGAUUCGCUGUGCCUAGUCCCAGGUUUUGCUAUUUUUAUUGAUCAAGUGUGGUAGAAGUUGGAGUGAAUACAAACCAGCUCAAGACCAGUGUGCAAGGUGUUUUAAGAAAGGUACUAAAUACAAUAUUAAGAACGUGCUAUUUCAUCUAUAUGCUAAAAAGUUUUCUGGACAGACUUUAGCAGAAAAAUAAACGGGUUUUUUUGCCACAGCAGUGCACACCACACCACUCCACCGACUCGAGGUCAAAGGUCGAUGGCGUCUUUGGCUGUCAGGUUAAAUGGAAGUUGGUCAGAAUCUGACAGAAAGGUACAAUGAAAUCACUGAGUUGUUACAAAAGCAUAGUUGUGUUGAGGUAAUACCCGGCAAUUCUCUGUACGUAAAACGGAAUAAAAUGGACUCCUCCAACACAAACUGUGGAAGCAUCACUGUAGCCGUCGGUGAACGCCGGCUGCGGUCACUGUGCCGCCUCCUGUGGUUCGGGACCCCCUCAGCCCGGCGUCCAGUCGGCCUUGCUCUCAACGGCGGCAGCUGCGUCGAGCCGCGGCCCAACCCACCGAGCCCUCGCCCUUUCCGCUUCCUCUCACGUAAAGCGCGGGAUGAUCCUGGCACUGGCUCGCUGGCGGGCGCGGCGAGCCCCGUGUCUGCCCGGGCCUCGGCGGGGGCUGUCACGUCGGCGGAACCCGGAGGGUGCGGCGGGCGCGGAUCCGGGGCCCAUUCCCUUCUCCGGCAGCAAGGCCAGUCCGCGGGUUUGGAGCGUUAGCCGGUCGAUGGGGAGCGACCACGAGAGGCCGUCGGUGAAGGUGCUGCCUCUUAGUGUGCUCGGCACAGGGCUGUUGUUAUGGUGUGCGUUCAGAGAGAAAAGGGAGACUGACGAGCGACUGGAAGCGGUUCUCUUCGGCCAGAUCGUGGACUCAGAUACGGCCCAGGAAAGCAAUGCUCCUCUUCAGCUGCUGAAAGAGAAUUGAGGACUGACCUGAGGGAGCUGACAAAAGUUUGCUGGCAUUCACCUGUACUGGCACUGUAAUGAAAAAAACUUGUUUUUCUAGUUUUUCGGCAGCCUCAUCUUGCAAGUUUGAUUUCUUCGUGCUGUUUUCUGUGCCGGUCUUGUCUUAGUAAUUUACACUGGUAGGAAACGGUGAAGUUUCUGGAUUGCGCAGGUAGGGAUGAACAGGAUGUAUUGCAAAUCCAGUUGAACUUGAAGCUAAAUUUUAUGCAACCCGUCAUUUUUCUGGGGAUCAUUUUCCUUAGCAGAUUGUUGUAUUAAAAAAUACCUAAUGUGAUUGUCUGUGAAAGUGCUGCUUAAGGUGCCUUUCAUUUCACAUUUUGGUAGUUACAGACUAUGUUCUGUUUAUAUUGAAGACAGCUGUAAAGGAAUGAUUAAUUACUAUGCAAUUAUGUUCCGAAUUUCUUCUUUUUGUGUGUAAUUCUCCUCAUUAAUGUAGAAAUUGCCUUCAAGGGUGCAUUCUUUCUGGACUAGAGCUUUCUAGGCUUGCUUGAUUUAGAUGGUCAAUACUGGCAGGAGAGUAUUUUGCCCAAAAUCUAAAUGUUUGGCUUGCGUUAUAUUGGGGAUGUCUCAUUGAACGAUACAGUACCUAGGCUUUUUGUGCAGAUUCAUAGAUAUUCAAGCUUGCACUCUCUGGAAACUUUUCUUGGAGAGGAGAAAUGUAAAAUACUAACGUGACUUUGUUGCCUUCAAAAUUAGAGGCUUUUUUAAGUUCUCAAAUGUAAAAAUGGAAAAUCAGGUUUAUAUCAUGAAAAUUGCUAAUUAAAGCCCCAACGCCAACAAAGAUGAUAGUACCUAUUAAGAUAGGCUGAAGCUAUGGAGAAAUGGGGGGGCAGCAUCACAUUUGUGUAAUACCACCUAUUAGUCUGAACAACAUGCACUACUGUGGCUUUUGAUUUUGCUGUAGAGUCUCUUAACCACAUGAUGCCGCAUUUGAUUUGGUACUGUCACAAGGUUUAAUCUUGGUAUUCAGCUUUUACUACAGUAGAAUGUUGCAAGUGAGAUGCAUGGGGACAUCCUGGUGAAUGAGUGAAAGAAUAAUCCUGGUUUGGGUUUUUUGGCUUUUUUGGCUUUUUUUCUUUCUUGGGUUUUUUGGUGCUCGGGUGUAACGUCUGUUGCUUCUGACUAGCUUUCUUGCACGAUAUUCUGUGGAAACAAUGAAUUGCUUUGUUUAAGGAAAUACAGAGCUCCCCUCCAUGUGUGUUUAUA